UACACAAUUUCUUAUAAAAUCAAUGGAAACACUGUGGCCAAAACUUUAUAUAAUACAGUGAUAAUUUGUUCUGGUUAGGUUGAGAUCAAAAAUGUUUUUCUGAGGCAAAACAGAAAGUUCUGGGCUAAAUGUUACCCCUAAUUAUUUUACAGUUCAAGUUUCCAUGUCAUUUGAAAACCUCAGAGUUUUAUUUUCAAUUAAUUUUUUUAAACAGAGUUCAUAUUUUUACCAAGCAGAGCAAAGAAUAUCCUAAAUUUUCCUUAGUAAGCAAAGUAGCUGCUGUCUGAGUCUUCUCUUUUGUGUUAAUAUUUUAAAUAGAUCCAAGGAGUUAGUUAAUAUUCUGGUAUUACUAUCAAGAUCCAUGCCAGCUCUGAAAGCUUUUCUAUAAUUUUAAAAGAAAUAUGUGGCAGUAAAAUCUAGACAGCCAUAAGACAAUAUAUUCAAAUGUUUUCAAUAGCUUUGAGACCAACAAGAAAAAAAGAGUAGCUGUCCCAAUAAGCUUCAGUUGCAUAAGAAGUCUUUUCCAUAAUGGACGUGGCAAGAUUUAAACAAAGGACACGCAUAAUAAAAAUGUAAAUGAGUUUGCUUUACUAAAACUAUAACUUUAAAGUCUUUUGUUGUAUGUUAUCCUGGAACCUUCUUACAAGGUAAUCACUGUUUGCAUAGAGAUUUAAACCGUAGUCUUCAAUAGCAUUAAACCCCUGCACGGUCUAUGUGUGACAGGCAUGCAAAGCCAUGUUAAUGUUCAGAAUAUGAAUUGCCUCUGGGUGGCUCCGACACCAAGUAGCAAACCAACUGUGUUGAUAUCAGAAGGCCUGAUGGACUCCAUGCGGCUCCCAGCCUGAAAACUUCACCGCUUUGACAUGUGAUGUGCUCCUCAUGACACUGGCAGCACUGUCACUGAGAAAUGGCACAAAGGCAACAAGCCCCCCUCCUUAGCCAUGCACUUUGCAACCCCCUGGUGUUGCCUGUCCGCAGCCUCUCCUGCCUGCCUAGUUACGGACAGCACUUCAGAAACACGGGGGGAAGUGUGGGUGGAUAGGCCCCAGCUGCCUUCCUGGACUCAGCCUCCAUAAUAAAUUGACCUGAAUGAUGAGGGCACACAAACAGUAUGAUAUGCAUUAUUCCUGUCAAUAAAAUGUCCCCAUGUGUUAUAGUCUUUGUAUAUAAUGUACUGCAGCCUUUCUUCUUGCAGGAACCUAUUUAGAGCCUCACUUUUUUCUAUUCAUAUUAUGACUCUGUAAUAGAAUUCAGAAAUUAUAUGAUACUGUGUUGUAUAAUAUUAUAGCAGUGCAGCAUAUUGAAAUCCCCGAUUCCUUACUUAUAAAUUCAAGGCACUGCAAUCUUUUAGGUUGUCUUUGAAGACGAUGACCGUGGAAACAAAAAGCUUGAAAAAGAGAAUGAAGAGUUCAAAGAAGAGGUUUUCAAACUACGCAACGAGAUUGCUUGUCUUGAAAAUUCUCUGCAGCACUCUGAAAAAGAAAAGCACGCAUUAGAUAGGCAAGUUCAAAGGAUGCAAUUAAAAAUGGAAAGUGAUAAGCAAACUAUUCAACAGUUGGUUGAAUUUCAAGAAGAGAUGAAGGCAGAACUUGAAAGCAGAAGAUCAUUAGAUAAAAAUCUGAUAACACAUGUAGCACCUGAGCAGCAGUCUGCUGAAAGAUCCCUGACUGCUGAAAAUAGGAAACUGAAGAAAGGUGAAGGUCAAGAGAGGCAAACCAUAGCAAGAAAGAAAACUGAGCAAAGUAACGCAAUAUGGAAAAAGAAAUUCCAGAUUGUACAAAACAGUCUGCAUGCAAUUAAGGAUGAGAUGUUUCUUAGACAAACACUGCAACGCCAGUUACUAGCACUUAGAUAUACAUCUCCUGGUGAAACAAUGGUUUGCCCUAUUUGCAUUGAAAAUGACAUAAAAGGCACAAACAGGUUCAAAGAUGGCUCACAUUUACCUUCAACUUUGGACCAAGAUUAAAAACAUUGCUGUGCUGUAUUGCUUUUUCAUACCAUUUGUUGAUUGUUAAUAGAAGAAGCCACACAGUAAUUCAGUUUGAUUCUUUCAGCGCAAGAAGAAUGCAAUCUUCUAGCAGUUUUGCCUCAUGAAGUCUUUCUCUUACUAGAUCUCCCAAACAGAUCUGUGCAAAUAUAGGCAGUUUGGAUGUUUCUUUUGUGGCAAGCUCUGUCUAUUGUCUGUCAUUUUGCCUGAAAAGAAUUGCUGCUACCAUUUUAACAAGUGUCGAUCUUUGCGAAAAAGAGACGCGAGAAAUUGAACCCACGUCCCACACCGUUGCCAGCGCCCCCAGCCCACACCUACCUGAGGCCGUUCCCUCCCCCCACGCCGCGCUUCAGCACCACUGACAGCUCCACGGCCGCACACGGCCGCGCACCGACGGCCCGGCCGUAGAAGCGAUCGCUGGGCGAAGCACCCGCUCCGGGGGGGCUUCCAGGUCAGCCGUGGAAGCCGUGGCCUUGCCGUCCUUCCUUUCCAGCGGUCAGCCAGCCUCUCAACCCUGAUUAGCGCCUGUUAUCAGAGACCCGUCUGCACACAGCCAGGGGAUAGUACCUCUGAUACGUGCUGAUGUAGUUUUGUCGGAAGGUAGGAUGGCAGUCCGCAAAGAUUGCAUGAGUUCUAGUCAGUGGGAAGUUAUUUAAUGAUCUUAGCUACCUUUUGUUGUUGUUGUUUUAAAAGUACGUGAUAAACAGAUGAAUUUGUGUGUGUGACAUGAUUGCUUAAAUGUCCUUUUUAAACCUGUACCUCAUUUAUUUCUUGGCUAUUCCUCUUAAAGGCGUGUGCUUGAACAACUCCCUGGGCAUUAGCAACUGGGCCUUUCACAGACAGAAGUGGCACCUGUGCAGAAUUCAGACUACUCUUGAGUAGCUUCCCACUACAGACCUCCUGUUUUAAACAACGAGUAUCCAUCCCGACGAGAGGUAGUCGAAGACAUCGUAUUCACACAGUUUAACACGCGUCAAAAGAACAGAAAAGAUUCUCCUGGCCGCGUGGGGCUGAAUCAGCUAUCCUGGCCAUCAGCGCAGCAUCCCCCGCGUGCCUGCACACCGCAGACAAACCCCUCUGCUACUCCCACACCUGGAGCUGGUGCACGGCGGACAGCAGGGC